AUGCUCAGCUCUUCUCGAGAAACCGUAGAGCAAUCAAUUAGGAUUUUUAUGGGAACUUCUGGAAUCGUUUCAUUUUUUAUCAACUGUUUUGGCAUUUAUUUGAUUUGUUAUCAUCAUGGAAUGAUGGAUGAUUAUCGUUAUUAUCUUCUUUAUUUUCAGAAAAACAUGUUGCCUGCUCCAAUGUUGAAAUUUUCACAAAUAUUUUCCAAUGUUUUACCGUUAGUUGGAACAAUAGCAUACGCUUUUUCAGAACCUAAUGAUUCCCAAAAAAGAAAAAUUAUAGAUGAAAAGUACUCGUCAAUUGCCGCGUGGCUUUCUGAAGUCAAAGGAAUCGCUAUAUACGACAUUGACGUUAGUCUGAAUCCUUCGUUUUUCUUUCUGACAUUUGGAAUCAUGUCUGGGACAUUCAUUCUUUCGACAUCUUAUGCUAUACUUUACACACAAUUAUAUGUAAUGCUGAAUUCAAUCAAAUCUAAAAUAUCCCACAAAACAUUCAAAAAACAUUCGGUAGCGAUUGUGAGCACAGUAAUGCAGAAUUUGGUUUUCGUCAUUUUCUUCGUGUCACCUAUUUUCUUGCUCGCAAUUGUUAUUUACACUGGAAGGGAUGCAUCCGGUUCGUUGGCCUAA